GUUUUGUAGUUCUUUAACCGGAAGUGUGCUAUAAUAACAGUAAACAAACUCACGUUUGGGAAGAAAGAAGAAACAUUUUCUUGCUGUUAAACAUUAGAAAAACCCUAGUGAAGAAAAUAGUUCAAGACAAAAAUGGAAGAUAACAUAAUUUAGAGCACAGGUCGACAAUAAGUUGCAAAACUACAAACUCUGUAGAUGAGUAACUCCCAGAAACUCUAACUAAUGUGUUAGUAAAAGAGAGUCAGUUGUUCAUUUUUAACUGGAUUCAGCAAGAUACCUAACUUGGUUUAAAAAUGAUUACUCUUGUCAUUGUGAGUGCGCUGCUGCUGGCGCUGGCUGCUGGAAAAGCUUGUGCAUCAGAUCACGAGGCUCUUCUCCUGUCCCUCAAUAAACAGCUGCUGCGCUCCGUGGACACGCAAGAUACCCUACCCAAUCCCAGUGUGCACAUCGCCCUCCGGCUCUCAACAUACCAUAAUCUAGCUAAAGAGAGCAAAUAUCUCAACCGCCUCAAGGCAGAGUUUCAUGAUGAUAUUGAGAAAUCUCUCAGAAAUAAUGAGUUGGUGGUUGGCCGUCUUGCCCUGUACAUCUUGGCUUUAAAGUCUUCCUGUCAUGAUCUGGAGAGUGUACAUCUCACUCAUAAUGAAAUAAAGGAGUCUCUCCUCAUUCACCUAAAGAAAGAGAUGGAGGAAGAAAAACAAAACAUUGCAUUCGGUCACCGUCCAAAGACCAACUACUAUCAGUACUCUCUGGGCAUUCUGGCUCUGUGUGUGAGCGGUGUUAGAGUCAGCACACAUGUCAGCCAAAAGCUCAUCCAUGCUGUGGAACACAGACAGAUAAAACACGGCGAGUCAUUAUGUGUCGACUCGCAUGCGAUGGCAGGCAUGGCCCUGCAGUGUCUAAAAGACGAGGGAACUGCUGUUAAAAAUACUGCAGAGCUAGACAGGGCACUUGCCAAUAUUAAGCAGAGGCUUCUUGACUCUAAGAGAACUGAUGGUCACAUGGGCAAUGAGUUCAGCACAGGAUUGGCAGUGCAGGCCUUGAUGGCUAUGGGCAGUCAGAUGGAGGAAUGUGGCUCUGCUAUGGAGGCUUUAAGGGCAGAUGUUAUGAAAGGAACAUACCAUAACCCUAUGGCAGUCUCCCAGGUCCUGCCAGCUCUACACCAACGCACUUAUCUUCAAUUGAAGAGCCAAGAAUGCUGCAAUGAGGAUGACACUCUUACUAUUGAUGCGGAUUCCGCUUCAGAAGUCCUCCCAAGUCACGGGCAAGUGUCUCUACAGGUGGAGGUUAUUAAAUCAAACGGUGCAUCAUCUGUGUUUUCCAUUCAUGUACCCACGGGCUCCUCCCUAUUUGAAGCCCUCAACCUUCUCCAAGACAAACAAACUGGUUUCACCUUUAGCACAGAGGACAGCUUGUGGGGACCCUUCCUCAGUGUGGUCAAUGAAGAACAAGCCCGUCAGACCGAUCGUAGAUACUGGCAUAUCUCCUCAGAUGGCAACUCUCUAAAACAGGGUAUCAAAGACUAUAAGAUUGAUUCAGCUCAAAACAUCACCAUUAAGAACACUGGGUACUGAUUCCUCAGCUGGAUGCAAGAGAAGAGAUGAAUGGGAUGAAACCUUAAUAUGUUUAAGAAUUCUACUGAUAUAAUUGAGUUUGAUCUUUUUCUUGUCAUAAACAACUUUCUGUUCGAUUGUUGCCACAGUUUGCCUGGAUGUAUAAAGGUUCAUGAAAACAGGAAUCCGAACAUAGCAAUAAUGUUGGUAUUUUACUUAGAGAUUUAAUGCAAUAUACCUUUUGAAAUCUAACAUAUAUUUUUUUGUGUGAGACUGCAGCUGCUACGAAUCUGGAUGAACAAAUAUAAAAUA